AUGGGUCAGAAGAUCUCGGGCAGCAUCAAGUCGGUUGACACACGGGGCGAGCCCUCAUACCGGCCUGUCCGCCGUGAGCUGCGGGGUCCAGACUUCUGCCGGCCUCCUCGUCUGGACCUACUUCUGGACAUGCCCCCUGCGACCUCUGACCUACAGCUCCACCACGCCUGGAACCCAGAGGACCGCUCGCUCAACGUCUUUGUCAAGGAGGACGACAAGCUGACCUUCCACCGCCACCCGGUGGCCCAGAGCACCGACUGCAUCCGCGGCCAGGUGGGUUACACACGGGGGCUCCAUGUCUGGCGGAUCCACUGGCCGGCGAGACAGCGAGGAACACAUGCUGUCGUAGGGGUGGGCACGGCUGACUCUCUUCUACACUCUGUGGGUUACACAGCCCUGGUGGGUUCUGACUGUGAGUCAUGGGGCUGGGACUUGGGCCGGAACAGACUCUACCACGACAGUAAGAACCGGCCUGCCUCCACCUCGGCACCAACGUACCCGUGUUUCCUGGAGGCAGACGAGUCGUUUGUUCUGCCUGAUGCCCUGCUGGUGGUGCUGGACAUGGACGAGGGCACGCUCAGCUUCAUGGUGGACGGCCAGUACCUGGGCGUGGCUUUCAGAGGGUUAAAAGGCAAGAAGCUGUACCCCAUCGUCAGCGCCGUGUGGGGACAUUGUGAGGUCUCCAUCCGCUACGUCAAUGGACUGGAUCGUAAGUCAUUGUCCUUAUGCCCUGACAGUGGGAAACAUCUCUCUCACCCUACUGUCUGUUCCUCUCUUUCUGUCUACCUCUCUCUCUCUCUCCCUCUUUCUGUCUACCUCUCUCUCUCUCUCCCUCUUUCUGUUUACCCUCUCUCUCUCUCUCCCUCUUUCUGUUUACCUCUCUCUCUCUCUCUCCCUCUUUCUGUCUACCUCUCUCUAUUCCUCUCCCUCUUUCUGUCAACCUCUCUCUCUCUCUCCCUCUUUCUGUUUACCUCUCUCUCUCUCCCUCUUUCUGUUUACCUCUCUCUAUUCCUCUCCCUCUUUCUGUCUACCUCUCUCUCUCUCUCUCUUUCUGUUUACCUCUCUCUAUUCCUCUCCCUCUUCUGUCUACCUCUCUCUCUCUCCCUCUUUCUGUCUACCUCUCUCUCUCUUUCUGUUUACCUCUCCUCUCUCUCUCUCUCUCUCUUUCUGUCUACCUCUCUCUUUCUCCCUCUUUCUGUCUACCUCUCUCUCUCUCCCUCUUUCUGUCUACCUCUCUCUCUCUCCCUCUUUCUGUCUACCUCUCUCUCUCUCUCUCUUUCUGUCUACCUCUCUCUCUCUCUCUCUUUCUGUUUACCUCGCUCUAUUCCUCUCUCCUUUCUGUCUGCCUCUUGCUCUCUCUCUCUGGCUGUUUUGUCUUCUGUGUGUGUUCUGUCUGUCUACAUGAUAUUGUGUGAUUUUCUGUUUUUUUUGCUGUGGUUUUGCAUACCUCGGUCAGCAUACAUACAGCAUAGCAUACUCAGACAAGGCUAUGUAUUCUGUGAUACUGUAGCUCAAAGCAACUAUAAUAUCAGCAGGUCAAUGGUAAAUUAUGCCUUAACGGUGCUCACUUUACUUUCUUUCUUUCUCUCUGUGCUUUGUUUUCUAAACAAGAGCCAAUGUCGAAAGCCAGUGACUCAUACACCCAUACCCUCUCCGUCUCUCUGAAUACUCCAAGAGCUCACUUUGAAUUGCUUACCUUGUAGAUGAGGGGAGGCGAGGGAGGGAGGGAGGGAGGCAUCUGUAGGAAAUGUUGAGCAGCACAAUGACAUUGUGUUUGGAGCCGGGGUUUAUUUCCGAAGUGCUGAGGCAGCUGCUCUGGCCAAGGGGGAGAUUUCUGCUUAAUCGACCCGCACAGAGCACAGCGACACAGCCCAGAAUAUGACCAGGAGGAGGGAUGGAGAGAUGGAGGGAUGGAGGAAGAAAAGAGAAUGGGGGGAGGGAGGGAUGGAGAGAUGGAGGGAUGGAGGGAUGGCGGAAGAAAAGAGAAUGGGGGGAGGGAGAGAUGGAGAGGUGAAGGUGAGUAAGGGGGCGAGUGAUUAGUAAUAAAUUAAACGUAUAGCACUUUUCAUUACAAUCUCAAAGCGCUUUAAGCAUAAAAAUUAAAAAGACUCCAUUUUGAAAAACAAAUAGUUAAUGGACGAUCAUGGCAGGCAGGUAGUUCAUUAAUGGCUUGAGCAGUCAGCGCCAGCAGGAUAGAGGCAGUUCGGAGAUGAAACAGAGGGAGGUCACAUCCAGGGGCUUUCAGACUGGUCCAGAACCAUUUAUCAGGGUGCCGUUGCUGAAGCAGCGUUUCUCAGUAGUACUCUCUGAAGUCAGACUCCAUGGGUAGACCCCCCCCCCCCCCACUACCGAUGUGUAGCACCCACCUGGGUGAAGUCACAACAUCUGCAAAGGUGUCAAAAAAAGCACUCUGCACAUCAGUCCAGAAUAGUCCUCCUUGAAGCUAACCACUGGAGAAACCUGCUCAAAAAGGUUGACUGAGAAAGACAUUUUGGAGGUAAUCAUCUGUGUGUCUGUCUGUCAGUCAUGGGUUUUGGACAUAAUGGACUGGAGACGAUGAGGCUGUGUGUUGAGACAAAGAGAAUAAGGGACUGUUUCCUCACUAGGUUAGUCCCAGAGACUCUGUCUGAAUAAUACUGUAGUUGUGACAGUCACAGAUUGACUAGAAAUGCUGUAUACCAUGGGUGGCCUACCUGCCUCCUGAAGACCUAUUGGUUACUGAGAUUCUACCAAUCAGCUGCUCAUCAGGACCUAGAUUAGCUGUAUCAGCUGUGUUAGAGCAAGGCCGGAGCAGGAGCUGGAAUACACAGUAGCUCUCCAGGAGAGUUUGCCACUAUGGUCUCUGUCAAUCUACAGCCUCCAGUACACUGAUCAGUGUCUUGUCCGCACAGAGAGACUGGCUGAUGGAUAGUGUUUUAUACUGCAGGCUGGCUGGGUUGACCGUAUACAGUUCUAGGGUGGAGUAACUGGCUCCGCUACUGUGGAGAGAAAGUGGGAGGGCCUGCUGGUGUGUUUCUCUGUCCGUCCCUGCUGUGAUCUAUAAAAAGACGUGUUUACCCAUAGGAAGCAGCCUAAUGUCUGUCUGUGUGUGUGUGUGGGGGGGGGGGGUGUCUAAGUAUAGCAGAUGAUAUGAAGAUCACCUACUGUGGGAGUCAUCUAGGACCGUUCUGUCCCUUUGGAUUAUGUGACACUAUCACCCUCCCCCACUGUAUAUGUUACAGAAAGACCCAAAGCAGGACGAGGGCGCUUAGACGGUCAGACAUAAACUACAUUUCCAUGUCUGCAAGCCAGGUGUUAGUGUGUGAGUUCACGGAAGGGAGCCAGGAGUGGAGGAAUUCUGGAGGCAAUCCCAGUGUGCCUCUGAGCUCAACGUCUGGCCUUGCAAAGGGAGGUGUGUGUGUGUUUAUUGUGCCCCAUACAGUCACCCUCUGUUGCAUGGUUUUCUUGUUGUCUCGAUCUCACACACCAACACACUGGGCUGUUUGUGUAGAACGUGACAUUAAUGCAUUUAUCUAUGGCCCAUUGGAACAGAAGGCCUAUUCUUUAUCAACUGGUUUACUUUCAAGAGGACAAAGGAGGGGUUGUAGUGUUGGUUUAUCAUAGGGCAUGGUGUCUCUGUCCAUCAGAGCUGUUGCCAGAUAAUUGAAUGUUAAUUUCUCUACCAUAAGCUGCCUCCAACGUCGUUUUAGAGAAUUUGGCAGUAUGUCCAACUGGUCUCACAACCGCAGACCACAUGUAUGGCGUUGUGUGGGCUAGCGGUUUGCUGAUGUUGUGAACAGAGUGCCCCAUGGUGGCAGUGGGGUUAUGGUAUGGGCAGGCAUAAGCUACAGACAACGAACACAAUUGCAUUCUAUCGAUGGCAAUUUGAAUGCACAGAAAUACCAUGACGAGAUCCUGAGGCCCAUGUUGUUGUUUUUUGAAGGGUAUCUGAGACCAACAGAUGCAUAUCUGUAUUCCAAGUCAUGUGAAAUCCAUAGAUUAGGGCCAUAAUGAAUGUAUUUCAUAUGAACUGUAGCCUCAUCAUGUUAGCCUUCUAUAGACAUUAUGUAGGGAUCCUGUGUGUGUCCUCUGCUCUCUGCAGUGAUGUUAAGAGUAUUUAUUUGUUCUGCUGGAAUGCUCCAGAGGAAAGCAUGGUAUAUUAUAAACUGGGUAAUUUGGGUACUGGAUGCUGAUUGGCUGAAACAGCAUUUCAGCCGGGGGUAUAUCAGACAAUAUCAAAUUGUAUUUGUCAUAUGUGCCAAAUACAACCGGUGUAGACCUUACAGGGAAAUGCUUACUUACAAGCCCUUAACCAACAAUGCAGUUUUAAGAAAAAUAAGUGUUAAGUAAAAAUAGAUAAAUAAAUAAUAAUAAUGAAGAAAAAUAACAUAAUUAAAGAGCAGCAGUAAUAUACCACUGGUCCGACGCAAGAAGACUUAUUUAUUGAUCUUAGUAACCAGUUUAUAAUAGCUAUAAGGCACCUGGGGUUUGAUAUAUGCGCGUCAUGCCUGAGAACAGGCCCUGCCACACCCCCUCUGGCCUUAAUGCUUAAUUAUGCUGUGGAAAUGGGGCAACAGGAAAAUGCAGACAGUAUAUUAGUAUGCAUACUCUGAGAUGCCUGGCAUUGACUCGUAUUCCCCCAGGUAGCUUUUCCAUAUUUCCGUUUUAGACGCACUGUGGUAAAGGAGUCUUCUCUUUCGCUCUUGCAAUAAAAUAGUGUGAAGAGAUGUCCCUCCACUUUUCCAUCCCUCUCUCAAAAUUGUCCCUUAACACACAGUUAAUGCAAUUUUCUGAUCCUGUCUUUCUCACCGAACACUUAGUUUCUUCCCCACACGACUUUCACACGGAUAAAAGCUUUAUCGAUUUUUUUGUGUGUUUCUGUUGCUCCCUAAAGCCUGUAAAUAGACAACAAUGGGAGAGCGGGGAUGAGGCUGUCCUGCUAGCUCUAUUCUUAUGGCACUGUUGUUCCCAUAACAAGAUGGCACAACACACCAUCCCCAGCCAGACUGCCAGCAGCCAAACUCAUUCACAGCUAAACAACAAAAUAACAAGAGGCCAUCACUUUGCAAAACCUCAGUUUAGAAAUGAACACCAUUUCACGCUGGCUCUUUCUUUCUCUCCCCCGAUCUUUCUCUGUCACUCACUUCCCACUCUUUCAUUUAUGCUGAAAUUCCUGCUUCAAUAUUUACACUUCCAAUCAUGGCAGGGAGUUGCUGUAGAAGCCGUUUAGCUGAAUAGGGAGAGGAGACAGUACAGUAAGUGCUGGCUUGGGGAGGGAGAUCUAGGCAGGGGCUGGCUGAUCUGGGCUGGGAAUGGAUUGCUCUGCUUGUUCGGAGCCAUAAAACCCUACUGUGUCUCCUGAUAGUGUGGAGAAUAGAUUCACAGACAGUGAGUACAUUUACAUGCACACUAAUAAUUUGAUAUUAAACUGAUUAUGACAUGUCCUAAUAACUUGAAAGAUUGCUCAGAAAACCAGGUUUUAAAUCGGCGUAUGCUUAGUUCGAUUUUGACCUUAUACCGAUUUAAGAUAAGCACUUUACUCUGCUUAUCUUAAUCGGUGUAAGGUCAAACUCGAAGUAAGCAUACAGCGAUUUAAAACACCUGGUUUUCUGAGCAAUCUUUAAAAUUAUUAGGACAUGUAAACAGCUUAAUUGGCGUUCCAGUGGUGUAUUUCAUCUGCCAGCACCGAGUAGCGCAAACCUCCCUCUUAUGCGUGAGUGAAGUGAGUUCAGAAAAACUGAAAGUAUGUAUCUUAGAAAUAGUUUUCACAUACAAACUUUUUAUAUGUCCGAACUCUGAAUCAAAUAGGCUUCGUAAAAAUAACAUUGUCACUGUGGUAGAAAGUUUAUUUUGAUUGGGGAUUUUCUGCAUUUAAGUCCCAUCAGGAUUAUUAGGGAAAUUGUUAUUCUUGCAAAGCAUGUAAACGAUUUAAACUAUUAUAUGAAUGACUAUCCACAACAGUUAUUGUGUGCGUGUAACCUUAAUGUCUUACGCAGAGGUAUUAAAACCUUUCUGUUAGUGUUUUAGAGCAUCUGACUCAAAAUGUCUCUGAAUAGAUACUCAGACAAUAGCUCUCAUAUUCUCAUAAUGCUCAUGGCUUGGUACAGACUUUUCAAAAGUGUGUGAGUGUAAUCAGGACUAUUACAGGCUUUAUUAUGCUGAGGACCAGAGUGUAGAGGCACUGCAGGGAUCAGUGGCUAAAUGGACUGGAGCAUUUGGAACUGUCUGGAGUUCAGUGGCUAAAUGGACUGGAGCAUUUGGUUCUGACUGGAGCAUUUGGUUCUGUCUGGAGUUCCGUGGCUAAAUGGACUGGAGCAUUUGGUUCUGUCUGGAGUUCAGUGGCUAAAUGGACUGGAGCAUUUGGUUCUGUCUGGAGUUCCGUGGCUAAAUGGACUGGAGCAUUUGGUUCUGUCUGGAGUUCAGUGGCUAAAUGGACUGGAGCAUUUGGUUCUGUCUGGAGUUCAGUGGCUAAAUGGACUGGAGCAUUUGGUUCUGACUGGAGCAUUUGGUUCUGUCUGGAGUUCCGUGGCUAAAUGGACUGGAGCAUUUGGUUCUGUCUGGAGUUCAGUAGCUAAAUGGACUGGAGCAUUUGGUUCUGUCUGGAGUUCCGUGGCUAAAUGGACUGGAGCAUUUGGUUCUGUCUGGAGUUCAGUGGCUAAAUGGACUGGAGCAUUUGGUUCUGUCUGGAGUUCAGUGGCUAAAUGGACUGGAGCAUUUGGUUCUGACUGGAGCAUUUGGUUCUGUCUGGAGUUCCGUGGCUAAAUGGACUGGAGCAUUUGGUUCUGUCUGGAGUUCAGUGGCUAAAUGGACUGGAGCAUUUGGUUCUGUCUGGAGUUCAGUGGCUAAAUGGACUGGAGCAUUUGGUUCUGUCUGGGGAUCAGUGGCUGGAUCAUUUGGUUCUGUCUGGGGAUCAGUGGCUGGAUCAUUUGGUUCUGUCUGGGGAUCAGUGGCUGGAUCAUUUGGUUCUGUCUGGGGAUCAGUGGCUGGAUCAUUUGGUUCUGUCUGGUAAUAACGCUCCAGCCCCAAGGAAAGAAGAGGAGAGGGAAAUUGUGACCGUCUGUUAGGUCAGUGAGCAAUUGGAUUCAGCUCAAGUCAACAAUUCAAUUUGGACACUGACAUUUGAGAGAGGCUGAGGCUUGCCCUUUCUCUCGCUCUUCCUCACCGCUCUUUCUAUUCUUUCUCUCACUCUACCUGUGAUGUUCCCUUGGGGAUUGGUCAAUGAAUUAGACUCGGAGAUGCUCCAUUACUGCAUAGUCUCUGUUGUAUGUACUUUCCCAUGCAUACUUAUUGGAAAAAUAAAUCACGCAUACAUUCCUUGUCAGGAUGAGGUGCUCAUGUUAUACAUUGACGUCACACACACACACACACACACACACACACACACACACACACACACACAAUCAGGAGGUGGUCAUUGGAACUGGUGCACAGUUUGAGAUUGUUAUCCAUCUCCACAUGCUCCCCUGACACAGUUCUCCAUAUUGAUUAGAUAAGCUCUGAGUCUGGAGUCAACAAGUCUGUGUUCCACACUGAAUAUCCUGACGUCAGGUCUAUUGGCAUCGCUCCUGGCUGCACGCAAAGACUGAUUGUGAGUCUGAGAGGAAAUGAGAGAUGGAGGGAGAGAUUGAUCCGAGAUAAAGAUGGAACAGCAGGAUCAAGAGACCUUCUCAAUGCUCAUCUCCUGAAAUGACAGAAGUGGGUUGUGUUUUGAACACACACACUUUUUGGGUCACCUGCAUCCAGUAGCUCUGAAAUAGCUUGGAGGAUGGUGGGUCAGUGACGGGCGCCUCGAUGCACCAGACAGUCUGCUUUCUUCUCACACAGAGAGGGAGAGAGUAACAGCUCUGUUGUGUUGCUGUCCCAAAUUCCCUUACUUCCUCUAUCUCAGGUAAUGACUGGUACUUACUUUGUACUGGGACUGCUCGGUGUGUUAGUCAUAGGAAGGUGUGUGCGUGAGUGCAUGCAUGCACGCACACGGUUGUUGUCUACACCGGCCUUUGUAUUUGCAUGUAUGUGUAUGCCUAUAUGUACAGUACCAGUCAAAAGUUUGGACACACCUACUCAUUCAAGGGUUUUUCUUAAUUUUUACUAUUUUCUACAUUGUAGAAUAAUAGUGAAGACAUCAAAACUAUGAAAUAGCACAUGGAAUCAUGUAGUAACCAAAAAAGUGUUAAACAAAUCAAAAUAUAUUUUAUAUUUGAGGUUUAGCUUUGCACACUCUUGGCAUUCUCUCAACCAGCUUCACCUGGAAUGCUUUUCCAACAGUCUUGAAGGAGUUCCCACAUAUGCUGAGCACUUGUUGGCUGCUUUUCCUUCACUCUGCGAUCCAACUCAUCCCAAAACAUCUCAAUUGGGUUGAGGUCGGGUGAUUGUGAAGGCCAGGUAAUCUGAUGCAGCACUCCAUCACUCUCCUUCUUGGUCAAAUAGCCCUUACACAGCCUGGAGGUGUGUUGGGUCAUUGUCCUGUUGAAAAACAAAUGAUAGUCCCACUAAGCGCAAACCAAAUGGGAUGGCGUAUUGCUGCAGAAUGCUGUGGUAGCCAUGCUGGUUAAGUGUGCCUUGAAUUCUAAAUAAAUCACUGACAGUUUCACCAGCAAAGCACCAUCACACCACCUCUUCCAUGCUUCACAGUGGGAACUACACAUGCGGAGAUCAUCCGUUCACCUACUUUGCGUCUCACAAAGACACAGCUGUUGGAACCAAAAAUCUCAAAUUUUGACUCGUCAGACCAAAGGACCGAUUUCCACCAGUCUAAUGUCCAUUGCUCGUGUUUCUUGGCCCAAGCAAGUCUCUUCAUCUUAUUGGUGUCCUUUAGUAGUGGUUUCUUUGCAGCAAUUCGACCAUGAAGGCCUGAUUUCAUGCAGUCUCCUCUGAACAGUUGAUGUUGAGCUGUGUCUGUUACUUGAACUCUGUGAAGCAUUUAUUUGGGCUGCAGUUUCUGAGCCUGGUAACACUAAUGAACUUAUCGUCUGCAGCAGAGAUAACUCUGGGUCUUCCUUUCCUGUGGCGGUCCUCAUGAGAGCCAGUUUCAUCAUAGCGCUUGGUUUUUGCGACUGCACUUGAAGAAACUUUAAAAGUUCUUGACAUUUUCCGGAUUGACUGACCUUCAUGUCUUCAGGUAAUGAUGGACUGUCGUUUCUCUUUGCUUAUUUGAGCUGUUCUUGACAUAAAAUUAACUUUUAAGAAGGCACACCUGUUAAUUGAAAUGCAUUCCAGGUGACUACCUCAUGACACUGGUUGAGAGAGUGACAAACCUGUGCAAAGCUGUCAUCACGGCAAAGGGUGGCUACUUUGAAGAACCUCAAAUAUAAAAUAUAUUUUGAUUUGUUUAACACUUUUUGGGUUAUUACAUGAUUCCAUAUGUGUUAUUUCAUAGUUUUGAUGUCUUCACUAUUAUUCUACAAUGUAGAAAAUAGUAAAAAUAAGGAAAACCUGUAAUGAGUAGGUGUGUCCAAACUUUUGACUGGUACUGUAUGUCAUAUGCGUUUCCACCUACAUACAAGCCAAGUGCAUGCUCCUGAUCUUCCCAGAACUAUGGCCCUGGACUACUGUGGGUAGGACCUAGGCCAUGUCUGACUCAGUCAGAGAACCCCAGGGAGAGAGAGACUGAGUCAGGGGAGAGGAGGAUGGCUGGACAUAAAUGGGACAGGAAGAGCGGGAUGGAGAGAUGAGAAAAUACUUUCUAGUCCAUUUAACCGAACCACUUCCAGCUAAUUUGCUUCCAUUAAUACGUAAUAUCCCCCUGUCCUGUUAGCUUUUUUUCCCAUGUUUGAAGUGUAAUUUGGGUUUUUAUGAGCCCACAUGGCAUGCAGUUCAGCAAUCCAAGGCAGACAUGCUGGUCCAACAUGUAGGACUCGGUCGGGCUCUGUGUGUGGGCCUUCUGCCCUUCCUGUCCCUUUGCUCUUCUUCUUUCUGAAGACCAUUUCAAACUAAGCAUGAUUCCCAAGACAUGAGCACCGUACAAGUUUCUCCAUGCUCGCACACGCUUGCAAGCACAUGCACAAACACACUCCUCAACUUGAAAAACGCAGACAAACACCUACACUCACCGGAGCAGUGUGUUGAUAGCUCAGCCAGACAGUUGAUUGACAGCAGACAAUAGCAGGCUCCUGCUCAGAUUCCCGCAGUUUGAUGGGACCACUUGUCGCCGGUGGCCACUUAGGGAGAGGUCGUGCCAGCUGGGCGAUUGGACCGUUUCCAGGAAGCAGCAGCAUCAUAAUUAUCAUCAUCCCUCCCAUGCAAUUUCCAUAACUCUACUGAAUCACAUGCUAUGUUACUGUUCCUUGAAGUUGUUUACUCAAUCCAACACCUUGCAAGUUUCUUUCUGUGUGUUGUCUAGUGGUCACGUAGCUACAAGGGCACCAGUCCAUUUGGAGGAUUCCCUAAGGUCCCCCUUGACACCGUCCACCCCGUCUAUUCCAAGCCAUGUGGCCAGUGACUCAGCAGUGUGUGCACUUUAGUCUGUGUGUGUGUGUGGUGAGCCCCUGAGCAUCACCUUCACACAGAGUGCUCAGGAGAGUGUCUGCUCUGUGAGUCCAGUACAAACAGAUGGUCACUGCAGGUGGAACGGUCAAGCUGACGUCCAUGAAGGGCAUUGUCAUUAUCAAAGUUUCUCUGUGUGUGGGAAGACCUCUCUGACACAAACACAUGCACUUAAAAGCUCUUCUGAGGAGGAUAUCAUAUUGCUCAGUCUACACUAAUAUUAAAUGCACUCAUUGCCAGUCCCUCUGAAAUAGCGUAUGUUAAAUCUGUUAAUGUAUGUAAACAUUCCAGUUUUUUUACCCUGUUUUUAAUGUCCUCUCUUCUGUCUGUCACAGCGGAGCCCCUCCCCCUGAUGGACUUGUGCAGGCGAGUGGCCAGGCUGGCUCUGGGGCGGGACAGAGUCAACCAGAUAGACACCCUCCCUCUGCCAGAGACUAUCAAGAACUACCUCCAGUACCAGUGACCCCACACACACACCAGGACAAUGAACGACUGCUUGACGAUGGUUACAUUUCACUACGGUCAACCCCAAACAAUUGAACCCUGAACCAUCGGACAUCUACUGAGUGUGAUGAUGGUCGGGAGGAAGCCUAUAAAGGAGUUCCGAGUUUCCUUUUAGGACUUGUGUCCAUUUUUAACUAAUUUUUUUAAUUUGCUCACUGCUGUCGCCCGUCUGACAGAUGGACGGAUGAUGGCUUGAUGGACAGAGAGAGAUGGGCUUGAGACAGGACUGUAGCAAAAGUGUUGGGCUAUGAUGCUGGCUUCUCAUUGGGUCUAUGGGUCUAUAGUGUGGAAGCUUCUAGAAUAUAUGCCUGGAGGAACAGGGGGUUUGGGGAUGAUGCACACAGACAUAGUUACUGUACAUCUAUACAGACUCUCUGGAAGCCUCUCUGAACUUGUGGAUAUUUAUAUUUAUACCCUAUAGCAGGCUCCACUGAGGCUCACCAGCCCCCUAGCCACAGGCAUUUAGAGGAUGGAAACACAGGCAGGCGAACAUCCUUGAACGUAUGCAUAUGCAAACACUCGCUCAUUCUCAGAGGGGCUGUUUUCAGAGUGUGUGUGUGAGGUUUUAUGCGUGUGUGGGUUGGUGCGUGUUGACCUUGCUCCUCAACAGGCACCCCAAGGCAUCAGUCAGACCCACUCUGACCCCACUGAGUUUGGCGACACUGCAGCCCUGAUCUCUCUUUAGUCCCCUGCUGCACUACACCUCCCUCUCAACUAGCAGUCUCCCUUUAUUUAUCAGUGGGUUUCAUUGGAUCCAGGCUUCCAUCAUGUCUCUGUCUGGGUGAGUGACUGAGGAUGCAUCCAAAAUGGCACCCUAUUCCCUACAUAGUGCACUAUGUUUGAUCAACCUGAUCAGAAGGAGUGCUCUAUGUAGGGAAUAGGGUGCCAUUGUGGACAUACCUGGGAUGUUGUCAGUUAGUGUGAUGCGUUAAAGCUGAGGUUGAUCGGAGGGCCAAUCUGCUAUUACUGUUUAUGUGCCUGCUCAGAGAAAACGCACGACACCUCUGUCACAGAAGACGAUUUUAGAAAAAUGUACAUGCUGCUUUUUUUUUUUUUUUUUUACUCCUGUUCUUAUCCUGAUGGUGAUUAUUCCUUUAAGUAUAUUUUCUGUUUUUAUGACUGAGGCUUUUGUUUAUUUCUGAUUUGAUUUUGUUUUCUAUGGUUUUGAGAUCUAUUUGCCGAACAGGAAGUGACCCAGGUGAGACAGGAAGUCUCGCUGAGAGAGACUGUGCUGCCAUCAGCAUCUUUUUAAAUGUGAAUAAAACACAAACUGAACCACAUUCACACUGGCGUUUUCUGUCCAAUUGGACCUAUUGUCACUUCAGCAUGCCAGUCUCAUCCAAAUGAAGGGAAGUCUCAAUGCUGCCCAGCACCUUCACAACGCUAAGCCUUUGAACCAAAAAUAUAGUAAUUCAUUUAUUUAAAUGUUUAAAAUAUGCUGCUGUAGUUGGCUGCCUGUAUUUGAUAUUUAGUCAAAGUGAUGUUUUCUGAACCUGAUGUCCCAUGGGGCCGGUAGGCUUUGAACAGAGAACAAAGCCUGUUAUGUGAUCAAAGUUCAGUCAAAGCAGCUUUCCUUUUCCUGACUGUUCAGAAAACCCAUUAAUGUUUUACGGCAUACAUCAGUCUGUUGAUCAUAUCAAGAUCACACCAGGACAGCAAAGUGGCACUGAUGAGAUGAUUUAACACAAGUGGUGAGUGCGGUUGUAGGGAAGGAAACAUUUCCCUAAAUGGUUACAAUCAUCUUACUCCCUCAAUAGGAAGGCUUGGUAGGGAUGAUCUUGCAGGGCCAUAGUUACCUGCCCAUUACCAGAAGGGUACAUAAGCUUGUUAUAACAAUUGGCUCAUUCAUCCCCCCUCCUUUCUCCUGUAACUAUUCCCCAUGUUGUUGCUGUAAAUGAGAAUGUGUUCUUAGUCAACUUACCUGGUAAAAUAUAUAUAUAUAUCUCAGGCGAAGGCUUUAGUGCUGAAAUGCAGGUUGAGAAGCGAGGAUUUGAAGGAAAGGAAGCGUUUCAGGGAAUGAUGCUGGACACCGCAUCACAGUUUGAGGCUAAGACCAGGCAUUGGAAAUCAAAUAUCAGUUUAAAAUAAUAUCAUCCCUGCCCUUGGAACUUAGUAAUGGAUUUACUCCCUCGCGGAAAGGUAGGAUCAAAUGAGGAGAAAAGCUGGAGCUCAAGUUGUUUGAUCUACUUAAAAGGGGCUUAUCCAUGAUACACCCAUACACCCCCUGUUUCUUGACAGUUUGUUGUGGCAGCUGCACUACAAUGCUGAUUACAAUUGACCUCUGAUCUAUCCAGUUGACUGAGGUAUAAUCUUACAACAGUGGCUAUUGGCUCCAUCCUUAACCAUUUAUUUCUCACCCUCUCCAACCAGCUUUCCAUCAUCGUCCAUAUUAAUACUGUGCACUCUCCUCUCCUUUAGCUCUCAUGCCUGUUCUUCCAAUCAGUUUAAUCAUGAAAGGUGUAACCUGUCCCCCACCUCUCUAUCCUACUGCAUUCACACUCUCCAUGAUGCCCAUCAUCAUUGCUCCUUUCGCUCUUCUCUGUUCCCUCUUCUUUCCCUCAUUCCUCUCCUUCCCUCUCGUCCUGUAUUGAGUGAGGCGGAGGUGGGGGGAGAACUGUAGCAGUUGAAGGGCUGUUGUCUUCCACAGAGGCUGCAUGGAGGGAAGAUGAAGAAAUGUAUAAUUCCUAAAAAAGAAUCUUGUUUAGGGUUGCGCUUCUUUUCUCCUGCAGAGCGUUAUGUAAAAGUUAGUUUGGUUCUCUGGUCUGUUUGUCUCUCUCUCCAAAGCAGAUCAAAUGAAUGAGUGCUUGACUUCUCAAAGCUAGACUUUUCUCUUUGACCUAUUUGAAUGAACUUUAAACAGGGUACACUCCCCAUAGUCAGUCUUCUAGACAAGGCACACACAUUUACACAGAAAAUAGCCCUUUACUCACUGUAGGUAGCUGUCAAUCAGAACAUUUUAAAUAACCAUGAGUCAUUGCAGCCAGUGAAGGGGGCUGUGAAUGUGGUCAGUGAAGGCAUGGAACAGAACUGGCAAAACCACUAGCACUUAGAGGCAUCCCAGUAAAGGUCAGCAGCGCACUCUCAGCGCAUGGCUGUCAUCACGAGGCUGCAUGGCGUCUCUUCUUCCGUGGUCACAUUCUAACAGGCACACACUGACCUGUGAAUGAACCUGAGGGCUAUUGUCAACUCAGGGGAAACAACCGAAGCGACACACAAAGGAAAGUCAAUGGUUUACUGAGGUACUGUGUGGGUAUGGACUGGGGAAGGAAGAGCAGGGGAGACGAAGGAGCAUUGUCCCUUUCAACAACUGCUGCUGCCACAUUGAAAAGAACAUUACAAGACAUUGUUGCUGUGACGUCAAUGAAAACUGUACGAAGAAUGGAAAGUACAAGCACAUUGUUGAAAGAGAGGACAUUUUAGUGAAAAGAGCACUUCGCUAUGGUUUGACGUCCACCACGUGGUAGAUGGUAUUGUGUGAAGGUAAUUCUACUGAAAGUACAGUGCAUGUCAUGUUUGGAGCUGUGGGGGGAUGGUUUUCCUGUUCAGUGUCUGGCUGAUGUGAAUAUCCUCCAUCUAGACCCGUGACACAAUCACACUCUUUUAGCACCUGCGGAACAAUUCAACUGGACUGACCACCUGCACUGAUUAUCUGCACCUUAGCGCAUAUGCACUCACGCUCAUCUACACACACAUGUACAUUCAUACUGCACACACAUCACAACUGCAUCUACCAGACUCUUAUGAUUGCUAAAAACUGCACUAUUUGAACACUUGGCCCCCAAUCCCCAAAACACAUAUUGGAAUAUACAUUGUGCCUUCCUGUAUUAUACUUAUGCUGAAACGUUUAUUCUAUUAUGAGCUAUUUACUUUGUUCGUAUUCUUAUCUUUUAUUAUUUCAUGUUGCGUUGUUGAGAUGGAACAUGCAAGUAAGCAUUUAGUUGGAUGGUGUAUACCAUGUGUAUCCCGUACAUAGGACUAAUAAAACUUGAAACUUGUGUGUUAUGAGUGACUUGGUAGAGCUGCUGGCACCUGUGGUCAAUACUGCCAUCUGCUGGUUAUAAAAAGUUUAGUGAACUGUUUCUUUCCUCUAUCGGUAAAGUGUGACAGACAUUUGAUAAGGGAAUCGUAUGGUAAUUUUCUGGACACAAUCAAACCACACAAAAAUGACAAAACACCCCAACCACUCUUUCCUUUUUAUAGAUUUUUAUUUGACAAAACCAGGGGUGUGAGAAGAGAAUGGAAAGUCAGCCACACUUCUAGGAGGCUCGCCAGACAUGAAACAAUAGGAAAUACAUGGAAAAGGAAAACAACACUGUUGUUAAUGGACUGCGUGCGUACUUACACACCCACAAAACAGAAAAGGGCAUGACGAGAAUCAUAUGGAACGGAAACACACUCUCGCUCUCAAACACACACACACACACACACACACACACACACACUUCAGACAUUCAGGGGCAAGACGAGAACAGACCCAUGUGAAGGAACUGUGUACCAAAUGUCUCUGGAUAAAAACACACAGCAAUCCACCCAGAGUAGAAGCAAGUACGUGUAGAGCAGGAAUUGGUAACUGAUGGCCCGCAUGGAUCAAUAAAAAAAUAUAUUAUACAGGGAGCUCCAAAAGUAUUGGGACAGUGACACAUUUGUUUUGGCACUGUACUCCAGCACUUUGGAUUUGAAAUGAUACAAUGACUAUUUGGUUAAAGUGCAGGCUGUCAGCUUUAAUUUGAGGAUAUUUUCAUCUAUAUCAGGUGAAAUAACACAAUUUUUUUGUACAUAGUCUCCCAAUUUUAUGGGACCAAAAGUAUUGGGACAAAUUUACUUGUGUAUUAAAGUAGUAAAACGUUUAGUAUUUGGUCCCUUUUAUUGUAAAUAAGAAUAGAAUGUUACUAAACACUUCUAUAUUAAUGUGGAUGCCACCAUGAUUACGGAUAAUCCUAAAUGAGUCGUGAAUAACGAUGACUGAGAAUGUUAAGAUGCACAAAUAUCAUACCCCCAAGAAAUGCUAACCUCUCACCAUUACAAUAAUGGGAGGGGGGGGGGGGGGGGUACGAUAUUUGUGUGUCUAACUUUCUCACUUAUCAUUAUUCACGAUUCAUUUAGGAUUAUCAAUAUUAAAUGUAGAAGUGUUUAGAAAUAUAUUCUACUCUUAUUUACAAAAGCACAAAAUAAUCUGAAACAACCAAAACAAACAGCAAAUGCAUCCAACAAAUUUGUAGUCACAAGUUUGAUGUAGUCAUUGCGUGCUAUGAAUGUGACCAAAUACUAAACUUUUUACUACUUUAAUACACAAGUGAAUUUGUCCCAAUACCUUUGGUCCCUUAAAAUGGAGGGAAUGUACAAAAAAUUCACCCGAUAUGGAUGAAAAUACCCUCAAAUUAAAGCUGACAGUCUGCACUUUACCCUCAUAGUCAUUGUAUCAUUUCAAAAAGCAGAGCCAAAACAACAACAAAUUGUCACUGCCCCAAUACUUUUGGAGCUCCCUGUAUAUAUUAUUUUGGGAACUCACUCUGGGUCGCAACUUACUGACAGUUAGAAUUUGUACAAUAUACAAGGUGCAAUUUGGAAAUGUUGUGCAUCAGCAGUUUUUCUCUUGUUAUGUCAGUCACGUCAGCCAGUGGUGUAAAGUCCUUAAGUAAAAAUACUUUAAAGUACUACUUAUGUCGUUUUUUGGAGUAUCUGUACUUUACUAUUUCUAUUUUUGACAACUUUCACUUCACUACAUUCCUAAAGAAAAUAAUGUACUUUUUACUCCAUAAAGUUUCUCUGACACCCAAAAGUACUUGUUACAUUUUCAAUACAUACCAGGACAGGAAAAUGGUACAAUUCACACAGUUAUAAAGAGAAUAUCCCAGGUCACCCCAACUGCCUCUGAUCUGGUGGACUCACUAAACUAAAAAUGCUGUUUGUAAAUUAUGUCAGUGUUUCAGUGUGCCCCUGGCUAUCCGUAAAUUAAAAAAAUACAAGAAAAUUGUGCCGUCUGGAUUGCUUAAUAUAAGGAAUGUAAGUAUAUAUUAAAACCAAAAUACUUUGACUUUUACUCUCACUCAAGUAGUAUUUUACUGGGUGACUUUCACUUUAACUUGAGUCAUUUUCUAUUAAGGUAUCUUUACUUUUACUCAGUAUGACAAUUGGGUACUUUUUCCACCACUGAAAAUUAGAUUGGUAAGUUAGUCUAGCGGCCAGCUCUACUUAGUAAUCAUGGUCGAAUUACCAGCCGUGUGGCCCCACUGAUUUUGUUAGUCAGUCUUACUCAGAUAUAUUAACUGCAAACAUUUCUCGCCACUCUGUCAAAAUGUGUAGAAUUUAAGGAAAUUAGCUGUAAAACAGCUCCUUUUCCUCUUUGCCCUAUGGCAAAAUGAGUAGAAUUGCAUGAAAUUAUAGUGCCUUCAGAAAGCAUUCACACCCCUUGACAUUUUCCACAUUGUUUUACAGCUCAAAUUUAAAAUGGAUUAAAUUGAGAUGUGUCACUGGCCUACAAACAAUACCCCAUAAUGUCAAAGUGGAAUUGUGUUUUUAGAAAUGUUUAUAAAUUAAUAAAAAUGUAAAAGCUGAAAUGUCUUGAGUCAAUAAGUAUUCAACCCCUUUUUUAUGGCAAGCCUAAAGUUCAGGAGUGAAAAUUUGCUUAACAAGUCACAUACGUUGCAUGGACUCACUGUGUGCAAUGUGUUUAAUAUGAUGUUUUAAAUGGAUGUAUGGUACGCAGACCUGCGAGCCCCUCAAGGAGUUCAGAUUUAGUGGCCCCACCCCCAUCAAAGUUGCCCAUCCCUGGCGUAGAGUAAUACUUCUCAAACCUCUCCUCAGGGACCACCAGAUGGUUCACAUAUUAUUAGCCAAGGGCUUGGUGAUAGUUGACUGAAUCAGGUGGGCCAGUUUAGGGCUACAACAAAUAUGUGAAACGUCAGGUGGUCCCUGUGGAAAGGACUGGGAAACCCCUGGUGUAGAGUCACUCAGUAGAGGUAUCCAACAGAGAGAUCGUUUAGUUUGCAGAGUUUGUCUGCUGCCAGUGGGUGUACUAGCAGCAAUGGAACCACCCACUACACUUGCUCAGGGUUCAGAGAUUGCUGCGCAAAUUGAACAGACCUAUCAAUAAUCUAUCGAUAUUUAUCCUGCUCUAUGCAUUAAUUAUAAUAGUGCAGUUAUCCGAUAAUGCAUACUUCAUGUGUGUGCAGUAAGAUGUGAAUGUUCAGCGAGGAAGAUACAGCAUAAGUGGAUUUCACCGUUGACCCUCUUUAGACAUGGGGCUUUCUACAUACAGCCUUAGUUGUUUUAGUUGUUCUAAAACCUUCAUGAUGACACAGGAGGGAUUGUCUCAGCCCUGUCACCCAGAUCUCAGUUGGCAUGGAGGGUGAAGAGAUGCAUUUGAGCAGUGCACACAUCUCAAGAGAAAAUGAGCUACAGUUUAUCUAGAUGGUAAUCCAACUCCAGUUAUGUCAUUACCCUCUCUGAAUUUGCUGGGUUCUAGAGUGAAUAUUGAGUAGCAAUACAGUCAUUUGUUUUUAAGGAACUGUCAACAUGUUAUGAACCUAAUUCUUAUUUCUAGCGUUAGUGUGACCUGUUGGAUAUUUGACUGAAUGGCUGCAGUGAAAUUGACAUGUGCUGGAAAGGCUCUUUGUGCUCGUAUCAUGUGAGCGGGGAAAGGUCAGUAGGUGAGGGCGUCUCCAUGGUUACACAAGGCUGAAUGUAAACAACAGGUAGACAAGGAGAUGAUGAACAUUGAGCUCUCACAGUUUUAAAAUGACAAACAGAAAAUAACAGGAAAAACAGCUAAAUAAAGGGAAGGGAAGUAAGUAGAGUGCAAGCAUCUUUCUGUUUUCAUCGAAAAAAACUGUCCAAUAAAAAAUGAGAAACAAAACAAGAAAAAAAAGAAGUUUCAAAAUGAAACAUUUUAGAAAAUCGGUUUGAAAUGCAGUCUUGUUUUCUUUAAAAACACUUUUUAAACUACACAUAUACUGCAUAAAAUAUGGGGAUAGAAAACAUAGGGUCUCCUUAUCUUGUAGCAUUUCACUCAAGAGUAUUCCCAUCUAUUCUCACACGCUGGCUAAACUGUACAACAACACGACUCCAAAGUGAGCACUGGACAGAGGAUUGUCUCAUCUGUAACGCUUGCUUGGAUUCUGAGGCAGAGAAAGAAGAGAUGCAACUGUAGGUCAGAGCAGGUCUACAGAAAAGUGCAUAAAGAAUCACACAUUUGUCUAAGGGGGGCGGAAACCUUGGGGGUUCAGAGGUUCACCCCCCAAUCCCCCCAAAAACAUAUUUUACGCUCCCAUGACUGGGCAGAAAAAUGCAACAAUGGUACAUCUUAUGAAGACAUUAAUAUAUACUAUUUAAUAUAAUUAUCAUUAUACUGAACAAAAAUAUAAAUCGCAACAUGUAAAGUGUUGGUCCCAUGUUUCAUGAGCUGAAAUAACAAAUCCCAGAAAUUUUCCAUAUGCACAAAAAGCUCAUUUCGCUCAAAUUUUGUGCACAAAUUUGUUUACGUCCCUAUUAGUGAGCAUUUCUAUUUUGCCAAGAUAAUGCCACAACACAAUGCCACAGAUGUCUCAAGUUAAGGAAGCGUGCAGUUAGCAUGCUGACUGCAAGCAUGUCCACUAGAGCUGUUGUCAGAUCAUUUAAAAUGUUCAUUUCUCUACCAUAAGCCGCCGCCAACGUCGUUUUAGAGAAUUUGGCAGUUCGUCCAACCGGCCUCACAAUCGCAGACCACGUGUAACCACUUCAGCCCAGGACCUCCACAUGCAGCUUCUUCACCUGAGGGAUCAUCUGAAACCAGCCAGCCGGACAGCUGAUGAAACAGGAGUAUUUCUGUCUGUAAUAAAGCCCUUUUGUGGGAAAAAAAAAAACGAAUUCUGAUUGGCUGGGCCUAGCUCCCAAGUGGGAGGGCAUAUGGCCCACCCAUGGCUAUGCCCCUGCCCAGUCUUGUGAAAUCCAUAGAUUAGGGCUUAAAUGAAUUUAUUUCAAUUGACAGAUUUCCUUCUAUGAGCUAUAAACUCAGUAAAAUCAUUGAAAUUGUUGCAUUUAUAUUUUGUUCAGUAUAAUUGUCUUGUUAAGUUUGUUAACUUUUUAUGUUUUUUCUGUUAAUAUUUGUUCUUUCUUAGAAUAUUCACAAGGUUGGUGGUUGUUUCACUACCAUAGCAGAGUCUCACUUCAGAGAUGGCUUCUGGCCACUUUGACGUGAGACAAUGCUCCCAUACUCUUUAGUUUGUUAUUCCUUGUGUUGGUUAACAUUCAAGUAGUUAAAAAUGGCGGAUGGUUCUGGUCAGUCUGGGUGCUGAGGGAGUAGGUCAGGGGUCAGGCUCUUACUAUCACCCUAGUCACUUGACAGAACACACACAGAGAAAGGGCCAGAGGGCUGUCCACACUGAUCAGGCCCUACAGUAAAGACUGCUGCAUAUGUCUAAGCUUCCAGUAUGAGUCAAGAGUAUCAAUGUUAGGUUAGGCCUGUCAGAGUGGACUAGCCCCUGUAGGGAGGAUCUGUGUGUAUGUUGACCAACUGCGGUGGAGGGGACCAGGCUUGGUCCUGAGUGCAAAAUGGACCCGACCAGCACUGUGUGGUUCUGAAUGACUGCGGUCCAACUGUGGUCUACUGAGAUCCAGAAACCAGUGCUGGUCUGACCUUUCCUCCUCUUCCUCAGCCUCACAUCACUAUUGUGCAUCUAUACAGGUCAGUUCAAAUCUUUACGCAAGGCAAGGCACAUCCCCUAUCCACCUUGCUCCAACCUCCAACCCUAUCCUCACCUCAAGACCUCCCUGCACUCAACAAGCCUCUACUACCAAUUGCCCCCUUGACACACAAACCAGCGAAAGUAUUAGUAUUGUUAGACUCUAAAAACAGCUCGAGUGUUCUCCCCAAUGUACCUGCUCCAGUAAGCUAUGCACUUGUAAAGAAGCUUAUUUAGGAGAGACACAAUAAGAGAGGAGAGGUCAAGAAAACGAGAGAGAGAGAGAAAGGGCUCCUAAGGACUAAUUUUCAAUGAGACCGCUUCUUUUUAAACACCUUUAAACCAUAUCCCCAAAACAAACAGUGAUUUCCUGUCUACCAACCCCUCUUCCUGUGUCGUGCACCCCUGAAAACAACCCAACUCUCCAUCCCAAAAAACAGGGUGCUUUUGGGACAAUUUGCUUUAGUUUUAGACAGACAGGAUGGAGGGACUGGAGGUGGGAGAGAUGACAGUCCCUGGUCCCUCUCCUGUUUAGUUUUAGACAGACAGGAUGGAGGGACUGGAGGUGGGAGAGAUGACAGUCCCUGGUCCCUCUCCUGUUUAGUUUUAGACAGACAGGAUGGAGGGACUGGAGGUGGGAGAGAUGACAGUCCCUGGUCCCUCUCCUGUUUAGUUUUAGACAGACAGGAUGGAGGGACUGGAGGUGGGAGAGAUGACAGUCCCUGGUCCCUCUCCUGUUUAGUUUAAGACAGACAGGAUGGAGUUUAGUUUCUCGGGGGUCUCUUUAUGCCAUCUGUCCACGUGGGGCGUCGGCCCAUCUCUCUCUGGGGUUUCAUCUUGGGUCUUAGGUCAAGGGUCAGAGGUUAACCGUUCAGCAUGUAGACCACUAACUCGUAGGUGCACAUCAUGAUGGCGGUGUUAGGGAUCUGGCGCACCAGGUGGGUGGUGAGGCCGCGGUACAGCGCCCUGUAGCCCUCUUCCUUGGGCACCGUGGUCAGAGUCUGGAAGAAGGAACGGUACUUGGUGCCUUCCUCCCGUAGCCGGGUCCGGAUCACUUCUGUAGAGGGGAGAAGGAGCACACUCAUUUCCUGCUACAUUCAAAAUAAAUACUUUCCCAAUACUAGAUUCUAUACUGGACUUCAAUAUAUUUUACUCUCACAGUAACAUGGUCUAAGGACAACCAAUACUAACUACAGGUGCUAACUAGUCUAAGGACUACAAACACACAACUGACUAUAAACCCCCUAUCCUCCACUCAGACCACUCCCACCCUCCUGCUCCCAGGAUGCAAUGCUCUCACCGUGGGGGUAAGCGAUGGACGUGGCACAGGUCUUGGAGGUGGCAGCGGCGAGCAUCAUCCCCACAAAGUCUGAGGCAUCCUUGGACGACUCCCCCUCCUCGUCCAUGUGCUGCGCGGCCUUGGCCUCCAGGAGGCGACGCUUGAUGCUCUCAUAGAUGACAAAGUGGAUCACAGUCUCUGAGAUUCCAGCGUAGGACGCUGACAUUCCCCGGUAGAACCCUCGCAGGCCUUCUGUCUGGUACACCCGCCGCAAACACUCAAACGCGUUCAUGGGCUUCUCCCCGCGGUUCCUAUGAAAGGCAGGUGUAAUAGGGAUUUACUAAUGGUACAGCCGACAGAGACGGUGUACACCGACACCACAUCCUAAACCCACCUCUAGCCACUACCGAGUCAGACGUGUGUGUUUACCUGGAGUCCAGCUGCAUACGAGUCUUGAUGAGCCAGAUAGGGUUGGUAGCUGUGAUGGCUGUGAACCCUGACAGGAAGGAGAAGAGCUCACAUUUAGACACACUUUACUUAAUAGACUAACAGCACAAACACUAGGAGUGUUUGUCUACCAAGCUGCAGAACAAAACACUGUCCAAAACUUCUCUGAAGCACCAGUCAUUAAAUAAAUAAAAUGUGCAGGGGAAUUUAAAACGAUCAGAAAUAGUGGCAGGUUAAAUUAACUGUCAACACCACUUUCAAGAGAGAGAGGAGCUCAUGAACAUACCACAGUAUGACAAGGCCUAGGAUAUCUGUGUUGUGACAGCAUGUGUGAUGUAACGUGUGUGCAUGUUAGUGUGUGUAAAGGUUACACUCCCAUAAUAUCAGUAUUAGGCUACUUUAGCCCGGGAGUCAUGUUGACACUGAUCUCAGGGUUAUUCCUAGCUCUGCAGAAGCCACUUGGCUACACAGCUCUCUGUAUCACAUAACUACGAUGUACCAAUGGCAAACAGGCGUCUUUUCUCACCAGCCUGUCAACACAUCACUCUCAUACUGGAGCCAGUCUAUUCCCCUCCCUGAGCUCCUGUAUCACAGAGAGAAGCCUGUUAGGUGGCUAAUACUGGUUCUACAGGUAGCUGCACCUCAUGGCGUGGCCACUAGAGGGGGUAUUUGGGGCGUACAUGAGCAGAAUAAAUAAAGCAGAGCAGAGCUGACCUUGACUUGACUGGUGGAAGGACCGAGUCAUGUUGCUCAGAAGGAUAGGGUGUUAACGUUAACUUGUCAAAAACACAGUCUCACGUUCACGUUACACAAACACGCAGCGCUCUUUAAAAGCCCAGCUUGGCUGACAGACCUAAAUUCUAAAAGGGUAGAAGCCAGGAGUCUAGGCUACAUGACAUAUUGCAUUCCUCCUAGGACCACUGUGACACUGGACAGAACGAAUCGUCUAGAGAGACUAUUUCCUCAUCUAGAAAAGGCCAGUGUAUGUCUGUCUGUCCGUCUGUGUGUGUGGAAUUGCGCACAAGUAUGAGUUUUACAAUAUAAUUUUAUGAUAAUAGGCAUGCUUACUUGGGGAACGGCCAGGGGAAACGGGAUAAGCCAGUGUUUGCGUACAGGAGGCCUAGGGGAAUGUCUAGGUUUGAGGUCUUGCAUUAUGUUAGGCCUAACUGAGACUUUUCUUGAAAAAGGCUUUGCAGAUGGAACGUCAAAAAUAAAUAUACUUUAUUCUACUCCCUUGCCUUUGAAAAAACAAUAAUGUCCUAAUUACAUGCACAUGGAAAGACAAAGAGGGACGCCUCAUGUCAGAAACUAGUUUAGCCACUAGGCUAGAGGAUUAGGUAAUAUGGGGAGCUGUCACAGGAAACAAUAGGCUAAGAGCUGCUGGGCAGAUACAGUUGAAGUCGGAAGUUUACAUACACUUUAGCCAAAUACAUUUAAACUAAGUUUUACACAAUUCCUGACAUUUAAUCCUAGUAAAAAUUCCCUGUCUUAGGUCAGUUAAGAUCACCACUUUAUUUUAAGAAUGUGAAAUGUCAGAAUAAUAGUAGAGUGAUUUAUUUCAGCUUUUAUUUAUUUCAUCACAUUCCCAGUGGGUCAGAAGUUUACAUACACUCAAUUACUAUUUGGUAGCAUUGCCGUUAAAUUGUUUAACUUUGGUCAAACGUUUUGGGUAGCCUUCCACAACCUUCCCCAAUAAGUUGGGUGAAUUUUGGCCCAUUCCUCCUGGUGUAACGGAGUCAGGUUUGUAGGCCUCCUUGCUCGCACACGCUUUUUCAGUUCUGCCCACACAUUUUCUAUAGGAUUUAGCCAAAACUAUAGUUUGUUAAUAAGACAUUUGUCGAGCGGUUGAAAAACAAGUUUUAAUGACUCCAACCUAAGUAAGUGUAUGUAAACUUCUGACUUCAACUGUAUACUGUAGCCCGAGACUAGAAUAUAGAACCCUAACCCUAUAAUAGGAAGGUGAGGUAGGGGACCUCUACAGAACUAGUCAGUCUGGGUUUGACUGGACUUACCACCACUGACCCAGUCAGGUCCAGUCCUCUGGCAUGUCUGACUAACACAUUAGAAGUGGUCACAUCACAUGACACUCCAGGUUAGGCUAUCAUCCAAUUUUACUAGCUACAGUUGACUAAAUACUCACAGAAAAAUUAAAUGACUGAAAAGUAUACCUACCAAUGAAAAAUCUAUAAAUAAAACGGUUUAAAAAAAAGACUACAUGGUAUAGUGUUAGAAAGUGGGUGGUUGGUGUUGUUACCUGCCAAGCCAGCAGAUACCAUGUGGACCUGUGUAGAGUCAGGCUCAAACACUUCAUUCAGUCUCUCUUUGGCACUGGAGUACGCAGCAAAAUAGAUGGCUCUGGAGGAGGAGACAGGGUCCAGGGAUUAAACAGACUGUACAGCACAGGAAUCAAUAUCUUCACCGUCCCUGGUGGGGAAUCCCUUGUCCUGCCAAGGAACUUACAAAAAACAGUAGAAGGCCUACACACCACAUACAAACACAGUGAAUAAAAUAAAGUAUUGAACGUUACGGUUAGGCAACAUCUUUAGUGCAAAACUAAUUAGUCGCUCUCGUAACCCAUGUUAUGUAAAGAACAACAGCCUCUUACGCAUGUAAGCCACUAGUCUUCUUCCAGCAGCAGUGUAGCUAAUUAAUGACAACAUUACUAAACACACUAAACGUUAUUGUCCAGCUACCUACUAAUCUGACUGGGCUAAUUAAGAAUAAAGCCAACAGCCGCAACGACUGGGCUGAUUAAUAGGGGUGUAACAUGUAUUCCUACUGAACCGUUCGGUAUGGGGACCUUGGUUCGGUCAACACAUAAAAAAUAUAUCAACAUUUAAAACACUAGGCCUAUAGGCAAUGUCUACGCUGUGUUGUAUGCCUCAGAGUAAAUCACAGCUGAAAAAAUCAUUUCAGGCUAUUCUGUUAAAACAACUAGAGCCUAUGCACACAUUGUAAUCAACAUUGUAAUCUUAAAUUUCCGCAUUUCAAAACAGUCUUAGUUUUGUAUGAUGGUGAGUGGUGGGGUCGAUAAACCAGGAGGAUUCUCAAUCAUUGUUUAGAUCUCCAGUUUGAGAAAAAUGUUGGUUUCCCAGUAGAUUACAAUGGCAAUGGAGAGAGAGUUGUGGAUAAAACGUUAACAGUAAGUCGCUACUGCUCAACGAGAAUAACCUAUGCAGCUGCCAACACCUCAAACAUGUUGACACAUUUACACCGACGUCACCCCAGUAUUCCUACCAUCAGAGCAAGACGGAAACGCAAAAAAUAAAAACUUAGUCUCCCUUCUGCAUUCAAGCAGCCCUUCGCAGCUGAUUCUGACCGGGCCAAAUAAAUUAGUUAACACUUUGUAUUAACUUUUUUUGGGAAAUGUGAAUUCUCAUUGAAAGUAAGUCUAAGAAGCGGUAGAUCUGUUCGAUGUGCGAUAUUUCUAUGCUUCCCGUUUUUAAGUUUCGUUUUUGCGUCUUUUACUUUCGGUUUUGUGCAUUAGCUUCCAAGAGCUGAAACAUACUAUAUAUUUGAUUAUAGAAAAUAUAUUUCACAGCGGUUUAGAUGGUACAAUGAUUCUCUACAAUAUACUUGUUUUGUGACAUAAACUUAAAAUUAGGCAAACUAUUAAAAUUUUAGCAACCAGGAAACGGCUGAGCAAUUUCUGCAUAGUGCAUCUUUAUAUAUAUAUAGUUACUGUUGGCAUUUCACUUUCCCGCUGUACCGAAACGUGACCCCAAAACUGCAAUAUAUAACGAACCGUGGAUUUGGUGAACCAUUACGCUCUGGAUAAGAGCGUCUGCUAAAUGAUGUAAAUGUAAAUUACACACCCGCUAAUUAAGAAUAAAGCCAACAGCAUCAAACGACUGGGCUGAGCGUUUCAGUUUAAAUAGGCAUUAUUGGACAAAACACACAGUGCUAAAAAGAGUAGUGAAUGCAAAAUUCUGGUCUAUAUAUAUAUAUAUAUAUAUAUAUAUAUAUAUAUAUAUAUAUAUAUAUAUAUAUAUAUAUAUAUAUAUUUUUUUUUUUUUUUAUCACCAGUUUUCCAGAAGUCCUGGUUGGAGGAUUCCGGAAUCCUGCUUAUUCCCUCUUGGUACUGGGAAACUUCCAACCAGGGUUUAUGGAAAAACCUAAGAAUUUUGGGAAAGUUACUGGAAUUUUGCAAACCUUAAGUAAAUACAUUCAGUACACACACAAGUACUAGGUCUAAUCUCUUAGUCUUUUUUCAACAAUUAGAUACCUGUAGGUCUAGAAGCACAUUUUCAAAGUGACAAAGUUUGUGUCUAGCCGGUGCCAGGCUGUUUCUGCUUCUUCAGCCAAUUUGUCAUUGUCUCACUGUGUUUGGCUUGGCAGAGAUGUAGCAUUGUUAACUGCAGAGACAGUCAGGCACACUACAGGUAGUUUAAACCUCCAUCCAUCAAACAUGUUAUGGUCAAACUUGCCCUGAGCAAAACAAAUUCUAAAAACCACUUCAGAACUGACCACUAAAAGCUUAUCAGUCAGUGUGUGUGUGUGUAGCCUAGGCUAUACGUUUUGUGUUGCGUCAGAGGCCCAGGUGGUUUGACCCUGGGAGAGAUCUGCAUCAGCGUCUACCCUGAGUGUCAACAAAGCACUCUGCAUAUGCUUAGCACAAGCUUUUGUUAGACGUAGCAUUAGCUAGCAUCUACCAUUAACUAUUAGCUAGAGUCUACCAUUAGCUACCACCUAGACUCGUCAUCAGCAGCGGGCCAGGGGCUAAUUAGCAUUAGUAGCAAUUUAGCAUCUAAUCUUUUCUCUCUCACUCCUACAGAUGGUUGGCUAACUCGCUGGCUAGAGUACAGUGCUACUCAGAGCCCUGAUCAUUGCAGCUGUGAUCGGCUUCUCUCUCUCAUCCAGAAACCCUAGUUUGGUUGUUUUCCUCUCCUUUAUCCUCCACAGUGACCGACAGUGUUAUGUAACAGCCUUAAACCUGUGGGAUGGACAGCCUGGUGCUGGGCAUUAGCGCUGGGCAUUAGUGCUGUUUGUCCAGUCUAAAAGAUGAACCAAGAGUAAGAUAAUCACUGUGAUAGUGAUUGAUUCAGAACUCCUCUCUGUAAAAGCACCAUUGUAAGAUGUAAAAUGGACCCCCGUCAACUUGAUGACCCCAAACCCCAUAGUGACACAGUAACCUCCCAGAACACUUUGACUCUAUUAACAAAUGGCAACAAAGUGACCCCUCAGACAUUCCUACACGACAACUGAGAACUCAAAGACUCCAGUGCUAACAUUGACUGUGUGUCUGUGUGUAAAAGUGCAGUUGACUGCCAGUGGGUCAAUGUCAGAUAAUGUUAAUAGUAGCUCUUUCCACAUAGGCUAGAUUAGAGUUGUAAAGGGAGGGUAUAUUACUGGAAACUUUUUAAGUUAACCAGUAAACUACCAGAAUUUUGGUAUCUAUCAAGGAUUUUAUGUAAUAUAUCACAAGAUAUCUAGCUGCCCUUGUGGGUACCUUAGAUUAUCACAAGUGUCUUUAAUAGUCUCUGGUCCUCCGUGUGGCCUUAUCACAUGUAAAAUAUAUGAACAAAUUUAAUGAGGUGAUUUUAGAUGGAAGGAAAAAGCUGUAAAACAUUAUUCUAAAUAUAAACCAUCAACUUAGUGAAUACCUUUGGUCUGUCUCCCGAGUGGCGCAGUGGUCUAAGGCACUGCAUCGCAGUGCUAGCUGUGCCACUAGAGAUCCUGGUUCGUAUCCAGGCUCUGUCGUAGCCGGCCGCGACCGGGGGAGACCCAUGGGGCGGCGCGCAAUUGGCCCAGCGUCGUCCAGGGUAAGGGAGGGAAUGGCCGGCAGGGAUGUAACUCAGUUGAUAGAGCAUGGCGUUUGCAACGCCAGGGUUGUGGGUUCGAUUCCCACAGGGGGUAGGAAAAAGAUAUAUAAUGUGCUGGGCACAUUCACUAACUGUAAGUCGCUCUGGAUAAGAGCGUCUGCUAAAUGACUAAAAUGUAACGUCUUGGCACAUGCGCUCUAGCCAACAGCUGGCAGAUACAGUGUGGGUAGGCUAGUCUACAUGAGAUUAUUAUUAUUGGAUAAGAGUGAUAUUAUUUGCAUUUGUCAAACGGCAGCCAAGCAUCGAUAAUCAUGUCACCAGAAUAAGACCCUUGAUAUUUAUUGGAAAGGAGCAUCAAGCUCAUCACCUUGCACUUUCACCACCCUGUGAUGUUCAUCUUAUUUAAUCUGUAGCCUAAUAAACUGCAUGCUCUCUCGAGUCGUAGUGGGAGGACCACACAACAUAUCAUUGUGUGACUCAAAGUUUACUUCAAAAUUGUGAUUAUUAUAUCAAUAUUUGCGCAUAAUGGCGUUUCCACCGCCAUUUCUCGCAUAAUUAAUUUUACAGAAACAAAAAGAUCCCAACAUGUCGAAUGAACAAAUUGUCUGUCGGCAUUUAUAAAAUUGUACUGGCAUUUAAUGUUUCCAUCAGCCUGGUUGUGACUUCUUUCAUGCGUCAGGUAAUUCAUCCGCAUGAAAUAGUUGUAUGGAAAUGUGGUUGGUGAUAUUGUUUAUCCUGAAAUAUGAAAUUAUCAUACAGUACUAUCAUUUCAUUUACAGUUGAAAGUUUACAUACACCUUAGCUAAGUACAUUUAAACUCAGUUUUUCACAAUUCCUGACAUUUAAUCCUAGUAAAAAUGCAGUGUCUUAGGUCAGUUAGGAUCACCACUUUAUUUUAAGAAUGUGAAAUGUCAGAAUAAUAGUAGAGAGAAUGAUUUAUUUCAGCUUUUAUUUAUUUAAUCACAUUCCCAGUGGGUCAGAAGUUUACAUACACUCAAUUAGUAUUUGGUAGCAUUGCCUUUAAAUUGUUUAACUUGGGUCAAACAUUUCAGGUAGCCUUCCACAAGCUUCCCACAAUAAGUUGGGUGAAUUUUGGCCCAUUCCUACUGACAGAGCUGGUGUAACUGAGUCAGGUUUGUAGGCCUCCUUGCUCACGCACACUUUUUUUUUCAGUUCUUCCCACACAUUUUCUAUAGGAUUGAGGUCAGCGCUUUGUGAUGGCCACUCCAAUACCUUGACUGUGUUGUCCUUAAGCCAUUUUGCCACAACUUUGGAAGUAUGUUUUGCGACCAAGCUUUAACUUCCUGACUGAUGUCUUGAGGUGUUGCUUCAAUAUAUCCACAUAAUUUUCCUUCCUCAUGAUGCCAUCUAUUUUGUGAAGUGCACCAGUCCCUCCUGCAGCAAAGCACCCCCACAGCAUGAUGCUGCCACCCCCGUGCUUCACGGUUGGGAUGGUGUUCUUCGGCUUGCAAGCAACUCCCUUUUUCCUCCAAACAUAACAAUGGUCAUUAUGGCCAAACAGUUCUAUUUUUGUUUCAUCAGACCAGAGGACAUUUUCCCCAAAAAAGUAUGAUCUUUGUCCCCAUGUGCAGUUGCAAACCGUAGUCUGGCUUUUUUAUGGCGGUUUAGAAGAAGUGGCAUCUUCCUUGCUGAGCGGCCUUUCAGGUUAUGUCGAUAUAGGACUCGUUUUACUGUGGAUAUAGAUACUUUUGUAUGCGUUUCCUCCAGCAUCUUCACAAGGCCCUUUGCUGUUGUUCUGGGAUUGAUUUGCACUUUUCGCACCAAAGUACUUUCAUCUCUAGGAGACAGAAUGCGUCUCCUUCCUAAGCGGUAUGACGGCUGCGUGGUCCCAUGGUGUUUAUACUUGCGUAUUAUUGUUUGUACAGAUGAACGUGGUACCUUCAGGCGUUUGGAAAUUGCUCCCAAGGAUGAACCAGACUUGUGGAGGUCUACAAUUAUUUUCUGAGGUCUUGGCUGAUUUCUUUUGAUUUUCCCAUGAUGUCAAGCAAAGAGGCACUGAGUUUGAUGGUAGGCCUUGAAAUACAUCCACAGGUACACCUCCAAUUGACUCAAAUGAUGUCAAUUAGCCUAUCAGAAGCUACUAAAGCCAAGACAUCAUUUUCUGGAAUUUUCCAAGCUGUUUAAAAGGCACAGUCAACUUAGUGUAUGUAAACUUCUGACCCACUGGAAUUGUGAUACAGUGAAUUAUAAGCUAAAAAAUCUGUCUGUAAACAAUUGUUGGAAAAAUUACUUGUGUCAUGCACAAAGUAGAUGUCCUAACCGACUUGCCAGAACUAUAGUUUGUUAACAAGACAUUUGUGGAGUGGUUGAAAAACGAGUUUAAUGACUCCAACCUAAGUGUAUGUAAACUUCCGACUUCAACUGUAUCUACAUUUUUAAAAGUAAUGUUAGGUGCUUACCUGGAGGGGGCCACGCCCACUAGAUUAGGCCCCAGGCCCCUGAACAGAGAGCGGGCUCCUUCUUUCUCAAGAAUCAACCUGAAGACAAAAACAGAACAUCUCAAUUCCCUUACCCACCACACAAACACUCACAUUCUUUUCACUGAAACUUCAGUGGAGUUCAUAAAAAAGAACUAGGAAUAGGGUCUGCCGAAAGCCUUGCUGGGUUGCAACAACAACUUGCAGAGAGAAAAACAUUAAGUAUGAUAGGAUAGGACUGAUGUGAUAUAUCCUGCUGCUGGGGUAGGCUACAGAUCCCCAGACAGGCCUUCCUCUGAAGGUAGGAGAGAGAGAGGUGCUCUAGGAGUUGGAUUUCAGUCCACAUGGCUCUGCCUGCCAAGGAGAAAUGGGCCAGAGCAACAUGGGAUUUCGUGAGGAGGGAGGGAUCCUGCAGCCAAACCCCACAAGGGGAUAGGGGGUAAAGCGGAGGGCGUGCAAACACCCAAAAUAGACCAGCUCAUUUUUACUCUCUGGUAUUUUGAGAUUUCUACACGUUAGGCUACUUAGGACUGUUUACUGUGAAGUUUAAUGUGCAAAGCUAGAGGGCAAUGACAGUAAUAAAUCCAAAACUAUCAAAACCAAUAACACAAGCAUAAACUAUUGUAUUUGAUGGUUAACAAUAAACAUCACUAGACAUUGAAAUAAAAGCCUACGCCUGUUUGAUCUUGUGAGCUGAUACUGUAUGUUAAUAUGACAAUGCUAGUAAAUCAAAUUAUGCAGGCAGAAUAUAAUACCCACUUGAGGCAGUGCAGGGGUCCUGGAGGGGACAUACGUGCUACGCUGGGCCCAUUGACGGUACUGAGCUGCACCUCAGACACGUAGAGUGUGAUGUGGGAUGACUGGAGUCUGGUCUUCACCACCUCCAGGGGACAGGUCAGGAUGGCUCCUACCGUUCCCCCACACCUAGAGGAGGAGAGCGGAGAGAGGGAGAGAGAACAGAGUGGGGAAGAAAACAGAGGGAUAGGAAAGGGUAGAGAGAGGGAGAGCGAGUGUGUCAGAGCAAACAACCCACACAAACUGAUGGAACAGCUACGAAGACAGAGGUAG